GUCACACCAAUAUAGCAAGAGCUGGUGCCAGGGCCUGCAGGCACAGUGGGAUCCAGCAGCCAGAAAUCUGUGGUGAGAAAGGUGGCAGAGCCACCCAGGAGCACCACGGUUUGGUCCUUUGGUCAGAUUAUGGUAGAGCCUUGAAAGAGGAGGUUGGGUUCUCAAUCUCCAUUUAACCUGGGAAAGCCCACUUGGUGAAGACUGCUGUAGGAAGGUGAGCGAGUUACAGCCUGGCCCCAGCCCGCCCUGGCAGGUGCAGCGGAUAGGAGAUUUCUGAGGCUGUGAGAUGGGUGUUGGAUCCUGGAGGAAUCCUCUGUUGCUGUUGGCUGCUCUCGUCCUGGCAGCCAGGCUGGGUCACUUUCAAAGGUGGGAAGGCUUCCAGGAGAAGUCCACGAGCGUGAAAAACAUGAAUUCAACCCUCAAGUUCUUCAUUGAAACCUACAACAAUGCUAGCAAUGACACCUACUUAUUUCAAGUUGACAAGCUACUUCGAAGUCAGAUGCAGCUGACGACUGGAGUGGAGUAUAUGGUCACUGUGAAGAUUAGCCGGACCAAAUGUGAGAGGAAUGGCACAAGAAACCAUUCAUGCCCCAUUCAAAACAAAAAAAAGCUGAAAAAGAGUUUCAUUUGUGAUUUUUUGGUGUACACUGUGCCCUGGAUGAACUACUACCAACUCUGGAACAACUCCUGUCUGGAGGCUUGAAUGUAUCGGUGCAAAGAUCUUUGAUGAAAACUUA